UUUAACACGAAGGUAUUAGCGGAUAUAUAAAGUUCCUAAACAGGAUUAAGUUCACAUGACUAAGCCCCUGCGAUGGACAUCUCAAAACGCCGACACGCUCUAUUGGAAAUUUCCCCAAAUAAAAUGGGGAGUCCAUACAAAAAAGCGCGCGUAAAUGUGACCCCGAAAAUUUGUCCGAUCCCAUUGGAUUUUGAACGGGAAAACUUUAGUUAUUUGUUGAACAAUUCAGAUGAUUUUUUAUGCGAUGAUAAUCAGCAAAAUGAGUGCGGUUUCAUUCAGGAUUCCUCAGAGGAAGUGGUUGAUUUGGGGAAAAGUUUCAGUUUGGAGACAUGGAGUCGAUGUAUCGUCGAUAGUGUUCAAAGGGACAAGAAUUACGAUUUGAUUUUGAAGCUUGCUAAUGAGAAGAACAAGGAAGAAGUAGCAGAAUGCCGUCUGCAAGGAGUAUGGGUACAUACAAAGGUAGAUCCUGGGGAUAUUGUCUCCGUUCUCGCCCCCUGGAGCGAAUCAUUGAAGUGUUUCGUUGUUACGAACUCCGAUGGUUUGAUUGUUACUAAUCCUGAUCAUUUAAUCUCCGGCACAUCCGUUGUAGGGUCAUUAUAUUGUGCCAGGAAAGGUGCCCUGCAGGAGCGAUUCCGCGGAAUUGACUCGGACAGCAAAGUGAUGGUGAUUGGAUCGAUUACCCACGAAUUGUUUCAAACAGUUCUCCGCCGCAGGCUUCGAACGAGUGAGCAGAUUGAAAGAGCAAGUGAAGAACUUUUACGUUCGGAGGAUGCAAUGUACAUGCUUUAUGGCAAUAAGAUGACCGUUGACGAGAUGAAGGCUCAAUUGAGUCCGUUUGUUUCGAAUAUUGUUGAAUUUGUGGAGAAGUAUAUUGUUGGAGGACGGAAUAUACAGAGACAAAAAGGUGAAUUUUCGGGCGUCAUUGAAUCAAUCCAAGACAUUGAAGAGAACGUAUGGGUUCCGCAAUUAGGCCUCAAGGGAAAAAUCGAUGCUUCCUUAAAAGUAAAACCGCGCAUUGAUUCUCCCAGUUCAGAACACAAAUACAUGCCAUUGGAAUUGAAAACCGGGCGAGCGUCAUUUUCAAACGAACACAAGGGUCAACUUAUCAUAUAUGAAAUGAUGCUGGACGAAAUCGGCAGAAAAGUAGACUCUGGCUUGUUGCUGUACCUACGUGAGGGAAUAAUGAAGGAAAUCCACGCUACGACAAAUUCAAAACGAGACAUUAUCACAUUACGAAACGAGCUUUCAUACUAUCUCACUCGUAAGCAAAAGAUAAGUGAUAAGGACGAUGUCAAUACAAUUUUAUCCAAAUACAAGUCGAUGAUAUUGCCGCCUCCUAUUGGCCAGUACAAUGCCUGUUCGAGAUGUCCCUACAACACGAUAUGCUGCAUAUUCGCAAAGCAAGAAAAGUUGCCUCAAUCAUCUGAGGCCGAAACUCUCAGAAAAGUUUCAGAGGAGUGUAUGCAACAUUUAAGCCCGGAGGAUAUUGAAUACUUCACGCAUUGGUGUGGAAUUCUAACGCUGGAGGACCAAGAGUCAAAGAAAGGAAACCAUUUGAAGAGUAUAUGGACUAAAACUGCAGAACAACGGCGUGAUGACGGUCAUGCAAUCAUUGAUUUGCAGAUAGUGGGGCAGAUAUUGAAGGCUGAAACUAAAUAUCUUCAUACGUUCGGCGCAGCGGAGGAAAGCAGUGGACACUCAACAAGUUUUCAUGAUUUUACAUUGACUGGGGUAAACCCAGGUGACUAUGUCAUCGUUAGCACCCGAAAACGCAUAGCGAUCGCUGCCGGUCAUGUGUAUGAAAUAACCAAGUCUCGAAUCUCUAUACAUUUGGAGCGAAAUCUCUCCAAAAAUUACAAAAAUGAGAAAUUUAUUAUCGACAAAAACGUUUUCCAAUCAACGAACGUUUUUAACUACACGAACUUGGGUGUGCUUCUCGAGGAUCGUGUGGAAUCGAAUAAACUCCGAAAAAUUAUUGUUAACAAAAUGAAACCUACGUUUUCCAAGGAAAAACUUUCGGUUCCGAAAGUUGCCCAAGCUAUUCUCCUGGAGUUGAAUUCAGAACAAAGGAAGGCAGUUGCAAAGGCUAUGAAAAUGGAGGAUUAUAUGUUGUUGAAAGGUUUGCCGGGGACAGGUAAGACUCAAACCCUCGUGGCUAUUAUUCGUUUACUUUGUCUGUUGCACAAAUCGGUUAUCGUGACCAGUCAUACACAUUCGGCUGUUGACAACGUCCUGCAACGAUUGAAACAGUAUAACAUCAAAUUCCUCCGAUUAGGCUCCGACUCCCGCAUCAAUCCUGCUCUGCACGACUGCAGCGAAACUCAACUGACAUCAUCCUGCAAAACCCCGGCGGAUCUAAUGCAACUCUAUUCAUCUUACAACGUCGUAGGCGUAACGUGCCAUGGAUCGUCCCAUUCCAUAUUCCUGCACCGAAAAUUUGAUAUCUGCAUUGUAGACGAAGCUACUCAAGUUUUCCAGCCGACGAUUUUACGUCCCCUUUUUUAUGCAAACAAAUUUAUUCUAGUUGGGGAUCCUGACCAGCUGCCGCCUGUAGUGGUUUCCAAAACUGCACGGACGAUUGGUGCAAGUGAGAGUUUGUUUCAACGUCUUGAUGAUCCCGACGCAACGGCUGUUCUCUCCAACCAGUACCGAAUGAAUAAAACAAUUACAAAACUAGCCAACGGUUUGACCUAUAAAGGGAAUUUAUUGUGCGCCAAUGAGAUCGUUAUGAAUCGCACAAUUGACUUGCCUAAUAAACCUCAAAUGUUUACAGAAUUUCGACAGGAUAAGUGGUUGUUGCGGAGCUUGGAGAAGCACGUCGAUCUCUCAGUCGUUAUGCUUGACACAAAGGACUGUUUGCAGAGAUCGCAAGAGUUCGAGAAGUCCCAAUCCGUUGAUUUAUCACAGCAAAUAGAAAAAACGUUUGUUGAUGAUACGGAAAAUCCUAAAAGAUCGAAAUUCACUUACACAAACUAUUGCGAUGCAGCCGUGGCUUUCUAUAUCACAAAAGCUUUGAUAAUUGGCGGUUGUCCCGCUAAAAAUAUAGGAAUAGUUGCGCCAUACAGAGCACAAGUAGAGCUUUUGAGAAAAAUCUAUGAAGACUAUCGAAGUCACUAUGCAUCCUCAAAGACCCCAAUUUCCGCUCGAAUUGAUUUCGAAGGACUCGAAGUGAACACGGUAGAUCAGUACCAAGGCAGGGAUAAAAAUGUUAUCAUUUAUUCAUGCACGAGAACAGGAUGUGCGGCCACAGAAAAAGGGGAUAGUGUACGUGGCAUGGAAAUUUUAGAGGAUCAGCGACGUUUGACCGUUGCUAUAACGCGUUCUAAAUGUAAAUUGAUAUUGAUUGGGGAUGAAGAGUGCCUUAAGAGUUACACACCGUUCAAGGAUUUGUUUGAAGGAAUCCCGUCAAGAUGUAAGAUUGUUUUGGAGAAUGGACAGUUGGGAUUUUUGUGGACAAAUGUUUUUGAUGAUUUGAGAAAAGUUUUUAGUGGUUUUUGAUGAGUGAUUAAGUUGAUCUUAUGAUAGAUAGUAUAUGGUGUUAUUUUUAGGCUGAUUUUUGAUUAAUUCUUCAGAAUUGUGAAUAGCAUUUUGAUAUAAAUUUAG